AUGUCUGCCGCCAUAGCUUCUGCAGAGACGUUUGCGUCUGGUCGCUACUCGAAGCGUAAGAGGACGCAAGUCUCAUACCAUCUUGACGAUCUGGAAUACUCAGACACAGAGUCUGAGUUUGAGAGCCCUCAAGCAAAGAAGCCCAAAGCCCAAACAACCAAACCACUUCCAAAGCGAAAGAUCUUUCCGUUCUUGGACCUUCCUGCGGAGAUCAGGAAUACUAUCUAUAACUAUACGCUCUGCGAUCCAUCCGGCAUCAAAUUUGUCGGUACGUACCAUAAAAAGCGCCGCGUGGCCACCCGCGUGUCAACAAAAUACCCGUCAAGCGGCGGCAGAUACGACAGCCCAACCUCUAAACGCGUAGUCGAAGACGUUCUCGAUGCCGAUGGAAACUACGCCCCUCUUGUGCCAUCACUACUCGCCGUGAACAAGCAAAUCUACAGCGAGGGCAUCGACAUUUUGUACGGCAACCAACUUACCUUCGCCGACAGCUUCGCACUUUACAGCUUCCUCAUCAACCUUGGGCCUGCGCGUGCCCAGCGCCUCAAGAAGCUCCGGGUUCUAGGCUGGCUCCACAGCCGCGGAUUGAAAGUCUACAACAACGCAUGCUUUGCCGCCCUCGCCUGGGCCACCAAUCUCACCUCGUUGGUUGUCCAUGUGCACAUUAACAAAUACUGCUCUCCGCGCCGCGCAGCAGACCAAUUUUAUCGCGAUGCGUUUCCCUGGCUGGAAGCUGUUAGCGCGGCAAAAGGCAAGCACGGUGCAGCUCUCGAUGUUGUGACGUUGGAUGAGACGGCCUUGUCGGAUUCUUGGGUGUCGUGCAACUCGGACGAGUCGGUACUUACGCCUAAGGAAAAGGCGGAGCAGUUCAAGGCUGAACUUGCAAAGUGCUUGGAUGAGCAUCGGGAUAUGGUUCUGAAAAAGCCAAAGAACAAGAUGGCGAAGAAGGUCAAGUCUUGA